CCCAGAGGCUCCGCUACACUACUACACCACCAAAAAAAGAAAUGAUGGAAGAGACUAAAGAGAAGGAAAAUCUUCCAUUCCGCGUGGCCCCGUCCAUCGUAAAUAGCAGAUCGAUCGCCCCCCUCUUCGAUCUGUCGUCAAGCUGCUGUCGUGAGUCUAUCUUUCUUUGCUUUUUCUCCGAUUAGAUUGUCUAUCAGUGUCUGGUCCUCAUAAUUCCCACCUACUCCUCCGUACACCACCAUGUUUCUGCAGGGAAAGUCCCGCAGUAGGCCUGCCCAUGUUGAUCGAAAGGCGCUUUACACCGAUCUCGAGGCUCGGGUCCACUACUUGCAACAGUUCCUGGAGUUCAGCGCUGACGAUGUCGCCGCCCUGAACAAAGGAUCCAAAUACAUAAAGGCGCUGGCGCCUACUUUGGUCGAUAAAGUCUACUCGAAGCUCCUGGAGAAUGAUAUCACCGCGCGCGUUUUCCGCACGCGCGAUACCUCCGCGGAUUUGGACGAGGAGGAGGAGACGGCCAGCUAUCCCAGCUUUGACAGUCCCUACAUCCAACGUCGUCGCAUGUUCCUGCGGUGGUAUAUGACCAAGAUCUGCACCGAUCCCACCAAGCCGGAGUUCUAUCAAUAUCUGAACCAAGUCGGACGCAUGCACGUCGGUAAAGAUCGCAUGCUCGCCUUCCAUGUGGAAUACAUUCACAUUGGCGCGUGUCUCGGCUACAUUCAGGAUAUCAUUCUCGAGGCUGUGUUCGGUCACCCGCAGCUCACGCUGGCCUUCAAGAUGGCCUUGGUCAAGGCGCUGAACAAGGUGAUCUGGAUCCAGAACGAUCUCUUUGCUCGCUGGCAGGUCCGCGACGGCGAAGAGUUCAGGGACGAGCCGGAGACCACUGCCCACGAAACCGCCCACAAAACCGCCCACGAAACCGCCCACAAGGAGCCGCACGACGAUGCGGCCUCGUAUAUCACUCGCUCGCCCACGCAGCUCUCCGAGGCCCCGAGCAUCUUCUCGGACACGCGGUCAGUGGACUCGACCAUCAGCCAUGGCACGGCCACGAUGAACGCCCCGAGUUCCUCGCAUUCCGCUCAUUCCGCCUGUCCGUUCUCGGGCGGGUUCAAGCAGUCCUUUGAAACCAAGGUCUGGUCGGGACCAGACGGGAAGAAGGGUCACUGACAGGGUUGUGUGACGGGACUGAUGAUUUCCUUUGGGUAUGGGUAUGGGUAUACAGGUAAACGAGGGGUGUAAACAACACAUGGGAAUUUCUUCUGGGGUACGGUCGGGUUGUCAAAUGGAUUCUUGGAAAAGACUCUGGGGAGUACUUGACGGGUGGUCAAUGGUGUUGGACUCGCUUGGUUGUUCGUUGCUGCUUGAUUUGC